GCAACCUAAAGGGAGUUACCUCUGCUCCUACACAAACAAAGAGCUCAGACACAUGACAGCAACAGACUAACGCAGGAUGUUGAAGACAGGAAGAAUCACGAGCUGCUGUGUGGCUCUCCUCCUGACCCUAACCUCUGUGUUAGCUGGAAAACGGACACUGAAUUCAAUCAGUGAUCUAAAGUCAAUCGACUUUGGACAAACGGUGCCCAAACACAGCCUCCUGUUGCUCUACUGGUUUGCUAAUGAAAUUGACAUCGACAACAACAACAUCAUCCUGCUGACCUUUGACCCAAAUAGUGGAGAAUUCAGCUCACAUCAUUACGGAAACUACGAGAGGGUGUUAGAUCCACUGCCGAGGGGAUACCGAUACUACACUGUUGGUAACAUCAAUCAACAAACAUCGCUGCCACUGCCAUAUUAUGUCAUCCACCCACGGGCGGAGUACCCAGCGAGAAACAGGGACAGGAUCAUAUUCAGGGUCAGGGAGCAGAACGUGGGACGCCAAACUUCACAAAGGAUCGAUCAAGUGUAUAUCACACAGCAUUAUGAGCCAUCUGAAAAUCAGGGCACGAGGUAUAAUCCAGAGCAUACAUAUCAGGUCACUACCAAUCUGCUGACGGAGAUCAGAGAGUUUUCUGUGGAAGAAAAUGACAUGAGCUCACUGACGUAUCUCAGAGACCGCUUUGGAAGCCAUGCUGAUGAUUCCCAACUAUGGCAGAUAAGAAACACGUGGGGUGAGCUUGCUUGUCUUGGGCUGUUUUUGUUUAUUGUGAUCCAGGAGAAAUACUCCACUCACAAACACAACAACAGACCUCAGCCAACACCAAGAAGGAACACACAAACUGAUUUUGUGAUCAAUAUCCCAGAAAGCAGGCAUAAUAAUCCUGUUGGAAUGUUUGCACAAAUUCAAGCGGAUCAUAGAGAUGAGAUAACACUGAAGGUGACAACUGGAAAAAAGGGAAAUGCCAGAAUUAUUUGGAGCGAUGUUCCUAGACAUCUUCUUAAAGAAGGUGUGAUGGUGGCACUUUACAAGAAUGAUGAGGAAGAGGACGCUCUCACUUACAAAUCUAUUGGGAACAGAGGGUCGGGCAGUUAUGAUACAUCAGUACCCCUGAAUGAAGGCCUUCAGGCACGACUGCAUGAAGCCAGGACUCUAUGUUGCUUCUGGAAAUCAUUAGGAGAUGAGAUAGACAGAGGCAGUGUGUUUAAAAACCCCAAAGCUGUGAAAAUACCGGGUUAUGAUGUUAACCUGCAACUCUUUGCAAAAGACGGCAAGGCUUGCGCUCGCUUAAUAAUGAAUGAGUCUUUCCACAACUGGAAGUCUGAAUUUAAAAACGCAUGGGUAGGCUUCUAUAGCUCUGAAAAUAAAGCCACAAAAAACCACGAAUGGUGGCAAUGGCAGUGGGCAACAAAAUUCAAAGAAAACACUGAUUUUCAGGACAUGUUUUAUGAUGUGUACGAGUACGAGUCAGGUAUGACAAUUGCCCCAGGAGUGCAAGCACGCUUCAUUAUGCAGGAUGAAAUAGAGAAAGCAAGAACCUCACCCUGGGGGGAAUAAAGAUAUUGAAACAAAAUUUAAGAUAGAAAUAUUAAAUUAACCUGUACAUAUGCCCUUUCAAAUAACAGCUGAAUGAUUUUUAUUAAAUUAAAAAAGGCAAAAUAAGAUACCAGACCAGUGAUGUCCAUACUGUAUAUUUAAAAGUAGAUUUUUAGUUAAAACAAUCAUAUAGUAGUAGAUGUAAAGGUACUUCAGGCUAUGCUGUCUUCUGCUGAAAACAGACAUGAGCCUGUAAGAGCUCAUUGCAGAGAUACUGGUACUAAUGUGCUGUACUUCAUGUGGUCAGAAGUUUUUGUAAAGCAGUGAUGAACUGGGUUUGAGUCAAUCAGAAACAAUGUAUUCAUCAGCCCAUAAUCACAGAGCACUGUUAAAUGUCCAUUUAUGGAAAAAGGAAGACAUC